CCCCGGCCGUACUCCACUGCGACCCCACCGCGUCGGCCCCCUCUCUCGCCGUCCGGUCGACGCCAAGGCUCCCGACGAGCCGCCAACGGGCGACGACCAUGGCGAUCCGCCGCAGGCUCCUACCCGCCGCCGCCCUAGCCCUCCUCCUGCUCUUCGCCGCAGGCGCAGCGGCCGAUGACGCCUCCAGCGACGACGCCGCUGGAGCCCCGCCGUCGCCCGGCUGCUCCAACAAGUUCCAGCUGGUUAAGGUGAAGAAUUGGGUGAAUGGAACUGAAGGUACAACUGUUGUUGGACUAAGCGCAAGAUUUGGAGCUUCCUUGCCUAGAAAUGUUCAUGAAGCUCAGAAAACGUUUUCCAUGCUCGCAAAUCCUCUUGACUGCUGUUCCAAUUUGACAUCAAAGGUAACAAAUUCUAUUGCUUUAGCGACACGUGGAGAAUGUGCUUUCACAGCUAAAGCAAACAAUGCACAGGCUGGUGGGGCAGCUGGUUUACUAGUUAUAAAUGACAGUGAAGAACUUUACAAGAUGGUUUGCAGUGAGAAUGACACUUCAAUUGAUGUGACAAUACCGGUUGUAAUGAUACCACAGUCAGCAGGAAAGAAUCUGAAGGAUUUCUUGGAUCAGGGAGCAAUUGUUGAGGUGCAGCUAUAUUCGCCAAAUCGUCCAGUUGUGGACCUUUCAGCAUGCUUCUUGUGGAUAAUGGCUGUAGGAACCAUAGUCUGCUCCUCACUCUGGAGUGAAUUUGUUGCAUGCGAGCAGGUUGAUGAGCGUUAUAAUCAGCUGACGCGGAAGGAUGGACCUAAUUCUGGAACAAACUCCAGAGAAGACAAAGAAAUCUUUGAAAUCAGUGCCAAGGGAGCUGUUGUCUUUAUUAUAGUAGCUUCAGUUUUCCUUCUCCUCUUGUUCUACUUCAUGUCAUCUUGGUUCAUCUGGCUGCUAAUUGUGUUAUUCUGCAUUGGUGGUAUUGAGGGUAUGCAUGUUUGCUUGGUGACUCUUAUCUCUAGGGUUUUCAAGGAUUGUGGACAAAAGAGUGUGCAACUCCCAUGUUUCGGGGAGGUCUUGGCCUUGUCUACUGGAAUAGUACCAUUCUGUACGGUCUUUGCUAUUCUGUGGGCUGUUUAUCGGCAUUCUUCGUUUGCUUGGAUAGGCCAAGACAUCCUCGGUAUCUGCUUGAUGAUAACUGUGCUUCAGAUGGCGCGCUUACCAAAUAUCAGGGUUGCAUCAGCUCUUCUUAGUGCUGCAUUUGUGUAUGACAUCUUCUGGGUCUUCAUUUCACCUCUUUUAUUCCAUGAGAGUGUCAUGAUUGCAGUUGCACGUGGUGACAACUCAGGGGAAACAAUUCCGAUGCUCCUAAGGAUACCUCGUUUCUUUGAUCCAUGGGGUGGCUAUGACAUGCUAGGCUUUGGUGACAUUAUUUUUCCCGGAUUGCUCGUUGCGUUCAGCUACAGGUUUGACAGGGCAGGUAAAAAAGGUGUCUUAAAUGGAUAUUUUCUGUGGCUGACCGUAGGAUAUGCUGUUGGCCUUUUCCUUACAUAUCUUGCGCUUUUCUUGAUGGAUGGGCACGGUCAACCAGCGUUGCUGUACCUAGUUCCAUGCACACUAGGGCUUAUAGUUGUGCUUGGUUGGAUAAGAGGUGAACUGCCUCUCCUAUGGAACUACGGAAGAUCAGAAAAUUUAGUGGAAGAAGUUUGAUCUGGCUAGAGUUUGUGUCCAAAUGCCGAUGACAUCCUUGGAUCUAAUUAAUGGAUGAAUUGAACGUGAAAACUGUGUACAUGUCUGAAAACUUUGAUGCAAUAGUAUUACUUCUGUAGUAAAUAGCUCAUCAGUGAUGUGCAAGAUUUGUUAUUCAGGGGUCAUGCACUGUACUGACAAGGUAUUUGGCUCACAAUUUUUUUCCUAAUAUCA